AUGGAAGAGGCUCCUAUACAUGAUCGUGAGUUACCUAUUUUGCUUGGGAGACCCUUUAUGGCCACGGCAAAGACUAUCAUAGAUGUGCAAAAUGGUCUCCUCACCAUGACUGUGCUAGGAGAAACUGUACAAUUCAAAGUGUUUGAAUCUCUUUCUCACCCUUCUAGUUCACUUGAUUGUUGUUCGAUUGAUGUGCUUGAUUCACUUGUUUUCUCUAAGUUUUUGCUGGCACAAUCCAAUGAUCCAUUACAAUAUGUUUUGAGUCAAUCUCAAGAUGAAUUUGAUGAAGAAGUGCUCAUGGAGAUGGUGGCAGCCUUGGAAGCAUUAAAACCAUAUCCCUCCACUUUUUCACCUCUUAUAGAGCCAUUAGGACCAUCUGCCACACAUCUGACCCCUUCUGUUGUUAAACCUCCAAAACUUGAGCUUAAAACCACUUCCAUCACAUCUAAAAUAUGCUUACCUAGCUGA